AUGAGUUUCAAGAAUAUCCUGGUCGCAAGUGCCUUUGCACUUUGCGCUUUCGCAGCACCUAUUCCCGACUGCGAUGACGGCGCCCCGGCAGCUCCCCCAGCAGAUGUCCCAACCACCGAGGCGAGCCUGACUGCAGCCAACCUGAUCGCCAUCGCCCCCACCACUGCGUCCUGCGAUGGUGCACCAUUUGCCGACGAGUGCGCAGAUGCAACAGCAGCCGCCACUGCUAUCACCAAGGUCUUUGAGACCUACAAGAUCACAUCCAAGGGCGAGAGGGCCGCGAUCGUCGCGUAUGAGCUCUUUGAGAGCGGAAACUUCAAGUACAAGAGGAACCACUUUCCUGCGCCAGGUAGACCAGGUCAGGGAACACGAAUGAUGGCCAUGCCAGAUAUUGUCGAAAAGUACGCAACCGCUGUUGCUGGUGCAGACGCCGUCGCAACAGCAAAGGCCACAGGAGUCGACGCCGUUCUCGACCUGGUCAACUCUGACGACGAGAAAAGCUUUGGUUCGGCGGCCUGGUACGUUACUACGUGCAGUGCGGAUGUCCGAGCCGGUCUUGACGCGGCCACCAUCGAGGGCUGGCACGCUUUCUUGACGAAUUGUGUCAACACUUCGCUUGCUGAUGAGCGUGACACUCUGUGGACUGCUACCACGCCCAACGUCCCGUGA